GGCUCCCUCCAGGUCUGGCUUGUCAGUACUUCAAGAAGUGUUGUGCUGUACCAGUGCACGAUCCCUGACCGGGCACGAUCCCGUUAAAAAUUCGCGAAACUUAAACCGAAAAUUAAACAUAUGGGAUUUUCUCUAAAGUGAAUGAACGUUUUUCUUAUUCCGUAAAAUAAAUACAAUGGAGCGUCCGAAAUAUAUAAAGAAGAAGAAAAAGCUACUGCCUUAAUAUUUGCAAUGUGAAUUGAGUGAAUAGUAUGAGAUCGUGGAUGACAACGUAAUUGAUUGUUAUCGGUAAUCUUGUGACUUGGAUAAUUCAUUACGCUAAUUAAGAUCGUAAUUGGCUAUAUUAAUUAAACGUAUACAGAUACGUAGAUUGACUUUAAUAAAAGAUUACUCAGAAUAUUUUUGCAUCAUUUAUAUGUGAGAAAUCCUAAAUCAAUAUUCGAUCAAUCUAGAAAAAUAUAUUGAUUUGAAUUAUAUAAUUUAAUAUCAUAAAAAUAAAUAAGGCUGAAUGUACAUCUUUACACUAAGAUUACAAUAUUUUUUUAAAACAUUUUAUAAAAUAUAUUGAAGAACAUUAAACUCUGAAUAAAUAUGUAGAUAUUCAAAUUAGUUAAAGAUUGUAAAACAUAGAUGUGUUAUGCAAAGAAGAUAUACUUUAUGUGUAAUACAAAAGAAGAGAAAGAAAAAGCAAAUAAAAAAUUACAAUAUUUUACGAACUAAAAAAGUGCCACUUUAUUCAAGAAUAUUAAAGUGAUGUGACAUCGUUAUUUGUUAAAUGUUUCUUGUUUCAAGAAUAAAGAACUCGAUAGUGAUAUCGUAAAUACCACAAAUUGGAUAAAGCAGACAAUGUCAUGUGAAACGUGUGUGUAUUAAAGGUAUCCGUGGUAUCCAAAGAAGCGAUUGUAGAGGGAAGGUCAUCAUGGCAGUUGAUAAUCCGUGGUACUUCUCGCUGUCCGGCGGGGCAGCGUCGUCGACGAAAACGACGACGACGACGACGACAUCGACGUCGACGUCUUCGAGCAAGGGUCACGGCAGCGGUCUCUCCGCCCUGUUUCGACGAAGAGCUGGCAAAAUGGGUGCGGCUUCCUCUCAGGGUGGCAUCGCGGAACCCGAGUCCGGAGCAUCAAUGCACCACCAUGGGGGUGGUCGCGGCAGCAGCGCGUCAGCCGGGUCGACGCCGACGGAGGAGCACGUUUCAAUGCUAUCGCGAAACAUUACGAUCCAUCCCGGAUGCGGGAAGAGAAGAAGCUUCCGGAAUCUCUUCAGAUCGAUGAGCGCGAAUGCAGACCAUGCAGAGAAAACGCAGAAAUUCCUGAAAGGCGACCCGAGGCCAUCCGAUGUUGCACCGCUGGCAUCAUAUUUGCCACAUAGAUCGUAUUCGCAUUCUGAGAAAGAUCGGCAUCGGCCUGGCCGAGAUAGAAGAGCUUUGAAGUCUACUAGCGAGCUUCUGUCCAAUGAUAUGAUUUACUGCGGUUUAGCGGAAAAUUCGAAAAAUCAUAAUGGUGACGAUAACAAUAGCAACAACGAUGACAAUAGCAACGAUGAUGAUGGUACCGCAGAUGUCUUUCUCAGUGUGGAUAACUCCAGGUACUACAACCUUUCUUCCACUCUUCCCAUGGCCAGUUCAACAACCGCAUGUCGCAGAAGGCACUCAAUCGGCACUUUUCUUGGAAAAGAAGCGUGCGCGUUUAAUAACGCUGUGAUCACUGGUGGACGACAGCAAACGGGAGGAUCCAGAAAUUUGUUGGAAACAGACCCAGCAGCAACUCCUAUGUUAAUUGAUGAUAUCGAUGGCAUCCCCUGCAACGAAAACGAACAAAUGUCUUGCAACAAGAUCAGGCGUAGAAGAUAUAGAAAUGCCUCCAAUAAAGGACCACAAUCAGGAACUACCGUAUCGAAGGAUGGACAUGGGGAAGAUGACGUUCUUUUUGUAUCCAGCAAGGAAAGCGAAGCUUCCAAUCUAUGGGUUAAAUACUUAACAGCAUGUUUCGAGCAAAUCAGUCGUCAACAAGGAAGACCUCCGUUUAAAAUACGUCAUCUAGUGAUCGAGGAACCAAUAGCUCCGAAAACGGAGAAGAAGAUCCGAUCGUCCCGUCUCCAGAUCGUUGUCGUCUGUCCAAUAUUGUUGGAUCGCAUCCGGAUCAGUCCCGAGCAUGCGGUUCAUCUGACCAGUCAUCUGGUCGCCGAGAAAGUCCUAGCGAUGAUGCUGGGCGUUCACGAUAGCCACAUCAACGAUUCUCAUAGAUCCAAUCUGGUCUCCUACGAUCAGUGGAGGAAGUUCUUCGUGAAGGAUCAGGAUGAAACGUUUGUGGGUGAAUUGCUGGGUGCGGCGAUCGCCAUUCUGGGCACUGCGCCGCCAGCAACCCUCAGAAAUGACAAAACUGCAUUUUCCGUGCACCCGAAAAAAGUCAAACUAGGGCAAAACAAAAUAAUAGCUUUGCUAAAUGACCCAUUGAGUCCGGAGGAUAAUGUUUCGGUAGUCGUCGAUCGUUGCGGCGACGCGAUCGAUAUAAGUAACGUGAAAAGAAGAAAUCCUUAUGCACUGCAAUUUUCGAUACCAGAGAAAUGUCUCGAAGUGUCCAUGCUGGUUGGCGUAAGGAUAUCUAAAAACGGCUGUGCGCUCGGUGUUAGACAAGUCAAAUGCGAAAGCCGACUCAGAGAACUCGACCAAAUCCUCCGGGCGUACGAUAAUCCUCUUGAAUUUAUGUGCCAGACUUUCGGCUUCAGUUCCACUGAUCGAGAACAAUUGGACAACUGGAUGGUCCAUGCGUUUCAGAAGAACAUGCCACCGCAUUUCAGUCUCUUGUCGACUCCGAGCGGCAUGGUGCCCGCACAUAGAAAUCAUACAAGCUCAGAAGAAAAUCCAACGUUUCUGCAUUUCGCCGCACGGUUCGGCCUGGAAAAGCUAGCGUGGCAACUACUUGAGUGUCCGGGUGGCGAUCUAGCGUGCGACUUGAAGAACGUCUCCGAUCUAACACCAGCUGAUCUCGCCGAGCAAGCUGGGCACACGAGACUGGCACAUCAACUGCGGGGCUACAUGCAAAUGAACGAGUUCACCAACAUGUACAGCUACCUCAAAGUCAUAAGUCAAACGACGAACCGAUCAACAGGAACGAAUUCAGCCACGGAUGUCCCAUCAGUGAUUGCGAACGAGAUCAACAACGAACAGGAAGAUUACUGCCAACCGAGACCUUUGAGUGAAGUUUACUUGGUUCCACCGGUCGCACGACCGGUAACGACUCUAAUUCCGACUAUGCUAACGACGACGAUCGCUAAUAUGACAGCAGACAGAUCUUUAAAUUCGAAUUAUUCAACCGUACCAACACCAAUGCCAGUUAUGUUCUCAUCUGCAUCUUCUGUUACAUCAAACGGACUGGACCUAUCCUUCCAGGGUUACAUGAAGAUGCAUGCCGGUGCUAAAACAACAACAACGAACAAUGCAAAUCUACCGUCAUCCCGUACAGAUACGCCCACACAAGAUACUCGCCAAGAAGUUCAUCAGAAUUCCUUGGGAGCACGGGAGGACAAUUGCAGCCAGAAAAUAUGUUAUAAUCUUCCGUACGGCAGAACGUCGUCUAACAGUAGCACCAAAUCCAGAGAGCCAUCAGGUCCGCAGGACGAGCUCCUAGAGAUCAUAAACGACUUCAAGAAUAACGUUUUCACCAUAUCCGAAGUAGAGAGACUCGUUGAGAAUUGGCAGAAGCGAAACGAUGUGCAGCAAAGCUUUAAAGACAAACAGCGACAGCUCAUGGCGAUGAGGGAGGAAUACGACAGAAUACAGAAAAAAUUGAAGGAAGAAAUGAAGACUCCGACGCCGUUCGAUAAGAUACGAAAAUUUUUCUCCAAGGGGAAAAAAGAUGCGAAGGAAUCUGCUACUACUGUCACCGAUUUGUCUUCAAGCAAAUCUGAAGGUAUUAAUGGUGGAUUAGCUGAUCAUCGACCUGUUAGUAGUUUAAGUCUUCGCAGCGUUUCCAGUUCAUCAUCAUCCGGCAGAAUGAGCACUAUUAGCGGCUGCAGCGGCCUUAGCUUGAGUGACAGCGGAACUCAUUCCGAUUCCGAAGACAGAAAGCUGCAAAAUGCCAGAGAUGAGAAGGCUAGCAUGACAUUUUACGAAAUACCACCUACGCCUAAACCAUUCACGGGCAAAUCUCUACUAGCAUCCGGGUAUUCCCCAUUACCGAUUGUCUCUGUCACGCGUGAUCUUGAUUUGCGCCAAGUGCAAUCACUGUCCAAAGCUGAUCACGAGCAUUACAUCGCAUUUCCACCAUCGGGAUUACCCGUUUACGCGUUUAAGGCGAAUGGCUCUCCGAGGGAACCGGAUACACCGAGCUCACCAUGCGAACGUCCAAAAUAUCCUGAUUUUGCGCAAAACGUUAUUAUUCCAUCAGACAAACAUCAAGAAGAAACCAACGCGAUGAAGCAACACACUAACAACAAUAAUUACGUGAACACCGACCCGUCACCAUCGAACGGUACUCCAAUUCCAUCGGGGAUGUGCAUCCCAGAUUGUGCAAAUGGCAAUGUUGCAGCAUCCGCCGAUUCUGCUCAUGUGGACCAAGAGAACGCGAAAGAGCGUCACAGCGAUUUUAACGAUACCUGCGGCCACGAUACUGAGGCGUGCUCUGAAAUUACAAGGAUGAAACCAUCGCUGUCUCAAUCUACUGUUGACGAGGUCGAUUCUGCGCCUGUCAGCCAGGGUCAAGAAGGCGCUGGAGUGAUAUAUGACCAACAACACGUGCCAGCGGACUCGAUGAGCGUUGUGAGAAACACGAGUAAGGUCAGCGAGACCAGAAUGCCGGAAUACAUGAACCUUGCCGUCAAUAUGGGUCAAGAUGUCAUCAAUACCCUUGGCGCCAUACCAAAGAAACUGCCUGGACCACCUGUACCGCCGAGAGGUAUGACUUUUCACGUAUUUCAUGCAAACGGGGCAAUGCACAACGAGCAGUAGUACAAAAUGUUAUAUAAUAAUAUAACAUGUUGUUAAUAAUUAAAUUAACACACAUAUGUAUAAAAUGUUAAUAUAAGACACUCAAAUACUAUAAGUUGUUUAAGUUUUCCUUUUACAUGUUUGUAAUCUUGGGAAAUACAUUUUAUAAGAUGAAUCAUCUGAUCUAUUGA